CUAGACUAGAUAGUAGAUCUACUAUUACCAAAACUAGAUAGACCUAGAGAUCUAUAUUAUAGAUUAGGGACUAUAGAUCUAGUAACUAGUAAUCUAGUAUUACUGAAUAAUCUCAAUAGAUUCAAUUUCAAGAAUCUAGACCAGUGGAACUAGUGGAAGUGCUGGACCUGUACUCGCCUGGAGCUCACUCAACUCGAGUCACUUAUUAAAAGUCAGUUAAAGUUAAGUCUUAAGAAGCUAAAAAAUGUCUCAGCCAACAUACCCCUCAGCAGGCUAUUAUGUGCCUCCACCUGCUGCUCAGGCUCCACCACCUGCUGCUCAGGCCCCACCACCUUAUGCUCAGGCUCCACCACCUGCUGCUCAAGUUCCACCACCUUAUGCUCAGGUUCCACCACCUGCUGCUCAAGCUCCACCACCAUCCAAGUCAAAAGGUGGUUUCUUUUCCAAUUUAAAAAAAGAAGCAGAAAAAGCAAGUAAACAGUUGGGCAAAGAACUGGAUAAAGCUGGUAAAUCUAUCAAUGAAGCUGUUGAUCAAAACUAUCAGUCUGCUCUUCUGGACAUGUUUAGAAAUGGCAAUACAGUUCAAUUAGUUUCAAGGAUCACUGGUCAAAGCCUUCAAAUUGUGCUAAGUCCUCAAGGUCAAAAUGUUUUAGAUGCAAGAGGACCUCUUGACCCUCCAGCAUUCAAUACUGUAUGGACUGUAGUCAAUGAAGGCAAAAAUCAAGUUCAUCUUCAUAACUAUCAUAAUUAUAUUGCAGUGAAUGAUGGAGUUACAUUUAUUAAACAUUGUCCUCCAGGUAGUGUCCUGAGCUUGGAGACCAAAUUUCAAUUAAGUCAGACUCAAAGACAGUUUGUUACACUAGAAUCUGUUAAGGAGAAAAACCGUCAUGUUGGAUUUUUGCCCACUGGAGAACUCAAACCAGCUUUAGCCAGCACAAAAGAAAUUGAAUCUCAGCUAGGAGUCCGUUUAAUUAGUACUGGUAUUCCUGCUUAUAGUAAAUAAAGACAAGAUCUUACAUCUCACCUUUUCCUGGUGCUACAGUACAUUUGUAUGGAUUGCAUGGAUACAUUUUUAGUAGGAUUACAUUUAUUAUAUCAUUAUAAUAUACAUUUCUGUACCCCAAAUAUUAUGUGUCUACACUUUGAACUUUAUGCUGCUACUUUCUAAGUUUAUACCAGUACUUAAUUUAUUAUGAAACAAAACUAAAUAAUUAAGUUAAUUAACUAGAGUAGGGUAUGUUACAUAAACCACUGUAUGAUAUAUUCUCUAUAAAUAGCUGAUUUAACAGUAAUAUAAUUCAAUAUCUUAUACUAUUGACAAGACAUAACAAUUCUCUAUUCUGGUAAUAUGUCAUCACUAAUCAAGUGUUGUUUACAUUGAAGGGGUUAAAAACUUGAGGGUUGCCAGUGUAAUCAUAUGUACCUAAUCAGACUGUUUCAUGAAAUACUUUUUUCUUGUUUUAGACAUUUCACUCUGAUUCUUGGGUGGUUUUUAGAUAAUAUACAAAUAAAACGUAUCUCAUUUCUAACAAAUUGUAGGCUAAAAGGGUGUAACAUCACAUGCCAUCCCUGAUGCUGAUUUGACUUAGUCUUCCACUGUUGAAAUACAUCGUUGCUAGAACUAUUUCUUUCUUCCUUGACUGUGACUGUAUUCCCCUUGCUAUUUUGUGUGAUACUCUUCUUCAUUAUACUCUGGUGCUUUGACUCCUGUGAAUAGACUGACUGAUUUAUACACAUACAUUUACAUAGAAUUUAGUUGUUUUUUUACCACCUGAUAUAUAGCCAUUACUCAUGUGAUGAAAAUUCUCCAAAUUAUAGUUCACUUCAAAUGUUAGUUUUUUUUUUUGUUUUUGUUUUGUUUUUUAGUUUAUUUAAUUUAUGUUUUCCAUUUUAUGAGAAAUGCAAAAUUUUCUAACUUUUAUCCUUUAAAAAAAAAAGGAAUUUCAGAGAAUGAUUUUUAAAAUAAGGUGUAUAUGUAUACUUCUUACAUGACCUUGAACCAUAAGACUAGGUCUUCAAAGUAUUCUAGUCAUUAUUUAAUUUUAAACUAAUUUUGUUCAGUCAUUAUUUGCAUAUCCCAUGUUCAUGUUUGAAAGCAUUUGAUCUAAAGAAGUGUUUUCAUUUGACUGUUUUCUGAUGUUUGAUACAAGUGUUCUAUAUACCAGUAUCUCUGUUCGACUGUGCUAUAACUAUAGCAAUUGUUUUUUUUACUUGUUCAUUGAACCUCAAGGGCACUUUUCCAGAGAAAUUUUAGUAUGAACUUUUAGCAUUCUUUAGUCUUUUUAAAAAAAAAAAAACAUUUAGAAAUUCAAUAAUUUUUCUGAGAAUUUACUUUUUUGUUAGUUUUUUUUUUUUAGUAAGAAAUCCCCAGCAGAAUUUCAUAUUCUUACUUUAGUCUAAUCAAGUAUCAUUUUUUGAAUGUUGUUUUUUUUAUUUGUAAGAAAAUGUCUUGAACAUAAAACAGAUUAUAACAGUAUCAAUGACAAUAGUUCUAAAGAGAAACAGUGAAAAAUGUAGAGCAGUGAAGGCCUUCUUUCAAAUUAUGCUAUUAUUACUUUUUAUUUUAUUUUUUGAUGUUUCUCUCAACUAAUUUUUGUUAGUGCUGCUACUGUAUGCUUUUUGUUAAGCUAUUAGUAAUUGGUUGUACCACUAAGGUUCAUAGUUUUCAUUAAUGUGUUUGACAUUUGUAACAGAAAACUUUAUAAUUAUACAAUGUUUGUUUUUAUGCUCAGGUACUUUCGAAGAUUCUUUUAUUAACCAUACUACAAAGUAACUAUUACCUUGGUUACCCUCUCCACUAGUACUCUCUAUUGAAAGUCUUUGGAUUAUCCUCAGGCUAUAAAUGAAUUUCACUUGAUUUUAUUUGCUGAGACUAUUUUCUUUAAUAUAUUUAGUCCCUAUGUGUUUGUGUGUAAUAUUUACAAUGUUUUGAUCUUAUCACCAUUAUAAGUUGUGUUACUUUCUACCUUGAAAGGAAAGUGUAUUUUAUAUAUCAGAUUUAAUAUAGAAGUAAUUAAGUAUAAUCAUGAUCUUUUUAAUUUUAACAUUUACUCUUUUUUUACAUUCAAAGAUGCCUGACAGAUUAAUUUUUUUUUAGAAAUAUAUACAUUUUUUUUAUAUGCAUUUUUGUGUGUGCAAUUUUCUACUUUUUGAAAACUAAUUUUAACAAUGAAAUGUUUGUGGAUUUAGUUCAGUAAAAAAAAAUCAUUUUAGGUGUGUGUAUAUGUAUAUAGGGAGAUCUAUAUAUAUAUUAUCUAAUAUUUAUAGUUUCAUUCCUAUUAAGGCCAGUAGUUGAUCAAUUUUUUGCUUUGUUAGAAUUCAAAUGAUUUAUUUUAGUUUUUGACAUCUAUCUACAAAUAUUUUACACAUAAUACAUUUUCUUGAAGUGUAGA